UAGUAUACUGCUAUAAUCAGGUAUCACAAGCACUCACGAGGACAGAUCGAACUGUCUCUUUACCUAUUUAGGUAGCAUGGCGACGAUGGCGUAGGGCUGAAUCGUGACGUCCGUAGUCAUGCAUGCCGGCAUCCACGAUAUAAUCCAGGCUAUCGACCGAUCCGAGGACGAAAUCAUCGAAAUGCGGCUGCCCACAGUUCUCACUGCCCUCAAAUCUCCAUGGAGCGUCUCCGCACCUUUAUCUGGCUUUUUGGAGCGGUUUCCUGUUCCGGGCGGCCCUGGGAUGGCCCAAGGGUGACACCAUACACCGGGGAUGCUGCAAGCGGUAGUCGACUGGGAGCGUGGGAGGCUGCUCGAGCUGUAACAGACUCGUCAGGCCUUGUACCGCUCCCGACCCCAGUCAUAUCACCCGGGUCAGACGCAUUCGCCCCAUCUCCGAGAUUCUGCGGUUGGCUGUGGGGCAACACAACGUGGGAAUGCCCUCCGUUCGAGACAUGCCUCACUAGAACAGAUCGCUCAGCCGUGGGAUGCUGCCGCGAUACGACAAACAUCGACACUUGCGCCAUGUAUACAAGAUGCGUCGAGUAUACUGAGCUGUCGGCCUGCUCGUCUGACUGCGCUGCCGAUACGAGCGUCCUGAAAUGUUCAUCCCAGUUUCCCCGCUGUGGUGUCCUCACCUUUGACACGAGCUACUUCAGUUUCGUGUCCAGCGACGACAAGUAUUACUGGCGGAUUGCUACAACGCCUUCGAACAGCUCCACGUCGAUUCCGGGGUUUCCUCGCUACGUUGAAGCAGUCGCUAUGACCACCAGUUCUGUGACCUCGAUGACCUCCACGGCCUCAGGGGCAUCAUCUUCAACAACAGGCUUCAGCACUAGUCUGGGAGACUCAACACCAGUGGCUUCCGUCAACGUGGGUGCCAUCAUAGGGGGUGCCGUUGGGGGACUGGCUGUAAUCUGUUUCACAAUCUGCCUGUUCUUCUUCCUUAAACUGCGUCACCAACCUUCCCAGCCAAGCCCGGACAUGGCUUAUGUGCCAAAGCACCCUCCAAGCGAAUUGCCGGUCUCACCCGGGAGCCAAGGGCAUGAACUGGACAGUCUCCCUAGGUCCCCAGGCCCAAUGUAAACAACGGGCUGUUAACGGCGAUCUUCAACAGACAUCU